AUGGCCACUGGGCAGUGGGGUCCUGCGGUGGCACUGCUCACUGUCGCCGCGGCCUCUGACUGGGCGGACGGCGCCCUCGCGCGUCGCCUGGGCCACACGUCCAAGCUCGGCUCAUACCUGGACCCCUUUGCGGAUAAGGUGCUGGUGAUGACGGUGGUCGCGACGCUGGGGGCGCUGCAGCUGCUGCCCGCGUGGUUGGCGGUGCUGGUGGUGGCCCGCGACAGCAGUCAGAUUGUCGUGACAGUGGGGUACCGUUUCGCUAUGUUUGGGGGCCGGUGGCCGGGCUACGCUGCGUUCUUUGAGAUCGACGACAGCGCUGGGGCUACAAAGGGCGCUGGUGGCGGCGGCGGAAGCGACAACGGCGCCGCGAACACAGACGUCGAGGCGCCGGCGGAUGCGGAGGGUGGGGCCAAGGGGCAGCCGCAGCAGCGGGGAGACUUGCAGCAGCGGGACGCGCAUCAGCAGCAGCAUGAUGCGCCAGGGCACCAGCCGCAAGCAGAGAUGCCCCGCAUGCGGCCGCUGCUGGUCAGCAAGGUCAACACGGCGCUCGGGUUUGGCCUCAUCGGCGGCGUCGUGUUGCACCAGUGGCAGGGGGUGCCGCCGGCUGAAGUGCUGCGCGGGCUCGAGCUGGCGGUGGGUGCCACCACGCUGGCCUCGGGACUGGCCUACUUCUGGCUGCACCGCCGCGGGCGCCUGCUGCAGUGA